AUGAAAGAUACCGGACCCGGAAAAAAUCCUAAGUAUCAGGACCAGUUCUACAAGAAAAAGCUGAUAUUCAACAAUUUAAUCAAUGGACGAAAAAAUUUCCAUGCAAGCAACGGAUGGCUUCACAAGUGGAAAAAACGACAUCAAAUUCGUCAUUUAACUAUUGCCAGAGAACGGUUGUCUGCUGAUGAAGAAGCCAGUGCACAUUUUUCUACAGGCUUCUGUAAAUUUAUUAGAGAUCAUCAUUAUAGUCGAGAUCAGAUAUACAAUGCUGAUGAGACCGGUUUGAUGUGGAAAUCAUUGCCUUCAAAAACUCUAGUAGCCAACUACGAAAAGAAAGCUCCUGGGCGAAAAGUUCUUAAAGACCGAGUGACAAUAAUGAUCUGUUCAAAUGCUAGCGGAACACAUAAAAUUUCGUUGCUAGUCAUCGGUAAAGUAAAGAAACCACGAUGUUUUAAAAAUAUGAAAGUUUUGCCAGUAGUAUAUAAAGCACAACGUAGUGGUUGGAUGGAUAGAAUUAUCUUCAAAGAGUGGUACACUGACGUUUUUAUUCCAGAAAUAAUAAAAAAACACGGACAAAAUGCAAGAUGCGUUCUAUUAUUGGAUAACGCAUUAUCGCAUCCGCCAGCUGAAGAACUGAAUUUAAUCAGUGAUUUGUGUUUAGUGACAUACUUACCACCAAACGUCACUGCAAUUAGUCAGCCUAUGGAUCAAGGGAUCAUUGAGAAA